AUGAAGGCUUCACCUCCAUCUUGGCGUGGCUCACCUGGAUGGGGACAUGCCUUUCCACCCUGGACUGGACUCCGCUGGCUUGUGGGGCUAAACACAACAAGAAAUCCUCGUCCUGGAGAAGUGAAUGGCAAAGAAUAUCAUUUUGUCACACGAGAGGCGAUGCAGACAAGGAUAGAAAACGGAGACUUCAUUGAGCACACAGAGUUUUCAGGGAACAUGUACGGGACGAGUAAAGAGGCUUUUCAAGACGUCCAGGCCAAGAACCUCAUCUGUAUACUUGACAUUGACAUGCAGGGUGUGAGGAGCAUUAAAAGGACCGACCUCAAUCCCAUCUACAUCUCUAUCCAGCCGCCAUCCAUGGAGGUCCUGGAACACCGUUUAAUAGACAGAAAAACGGAGUCAGAGGAGAGCCUCCAGAAGCGUUUACGUGCAGCCAGAGUGGAUAUGGAGAUUAGUAAAGAGCAAGGAUUAUUUGAUACAGUAAUUGUCAAUGAUAGUUUGGAGGAAGCUCAUGGGCAGUUAAAGGCAGUUCUUCUUGAGGAAAUACAAAAGGUCAAGAAAACCAACAUGUCUUCGUAGGAUACCGCAGCAUCCUUGCACCUUUUUAGUCCAGUCGAUCCACUCCUCACAAAAUCACAGACCUCCUCUCAAGUCGAGAACAUUCCCUCCGCUGGUCUGUGAAGCUCAGAUGUCCCUUUGACAUGGUAUUCAGGAAAAGUUAUUACCAAAUGAUAUGUAAAGUGGAACAUUUUUUUUUUAUUAUCAACAGGAAGCAUUUCCAUGUUUUUGUUUUUAUUUGUAUGACGAAAAUAUACUCCAACAAUGCUUACUUGUAAAGUGUGGGGCUUUGUUUUCAGUGUGUUUGAGGGCAGAGUCGACCGAUAAACAACACAAGCGGAGAAACAAAACUCAUUCCAUUAUGUGGACAAACCGGUCUUAUCAAGGGUGGGGCAAAGUACAAUUCUGGAUAUCUUGAUUAGAGAGAGUUAGUUAUGCUACCUCUCAUUUGAGGUCUUUCUUUUUCUACAACCCGUCACAUCAUGGUGAUACAGAUGUGCAGUGUGAUGAAUAAAUCACAGACUCAGUCAGGGUUUGAUCUCAGGCCCCUGCACAUGAUUAGUUCAGGGGGGGAAACUCCAGCUCUACAACUGAUUUCUGAAAAUAUGGUGGCUGUUUUACUUUCAUAAGGUUCAUGUAGUAUAACUUUACUGAUUAAAUCAACUAUUCCAGUAUAUCUUCUUACAGGUUGUUGUACAUUUUUAGGGUUUGUGCUUGCUAAACUCCAUGUAAGUGUUUAAAGUUGUGCUUCAGUAGGAUUAAAUCCCAGGGUAGAGGUCGAAACAGUUGCUUCAAACAAACCAAGGACACCAUAUGUCAUGAGGAUAACCGCUCUAAAAUAACAGAUGAAAUGUUUACUUGGAAGUUGUACAUUUUUUUUUAUUGUCACUCUAUCAUGUUGUUGCUUCACCUGUACAGUAAAAUGACACUUUUUUGACUUUGAAGGAAAAUUAAACACUUUUUAUUCUCAGAAUGAAACACA